AUGAAGACACUUGUUCUCCUCUCUCUCCUUGCCCUGCUGGCCUUCCAGGCCCAGGCUGAUGCUCUCCCAGAAGCAGCUGAGGAGACUAAAACUGAUGAGCAGCCAGGGGUAGAGGACCAGGAUGUGUCCAUCUCCUUUGGGGAUCCAGAAGGCUCUGCUCUUCAAGAUGGAGCCUCAAGAAAGAUCCCAUUGUGCAUCUGUAAAAAAGUAUGCAGAUUUCAUGAACGUGCCCAUGCAAUCUGCGGCGGCAAUAAACUACUCUGCUGCAGCUGA